AUGACGGAGCGGGCUGAAGUGGAUCGGCCAAAGCGGGACUGGCGCGUGGACAUGCUGGUGCAGGAUCGCAGCGAUGAGGUGACAUCCACCAAGCCUCCGGCGGAGGACAGCAAGUCCGCGCCGCAGAGCGGCGCCGUCUCGGGGCUGCUGGGCUUUCUGUCUGCGUCGCCGGUGGAUGCAGGGCCCACGUCAGCGCUGCAACCAGACUUUCGGUCCUCAGCAUUUGAGGAGGCGGCGAGCCGCUGGCUGCAGCAGACCUUCAUCGACGAGCGGACUCACAAGAAGGGCGACCAUCCGCGCCCUCCUUGCUUCCUGGCGGAGGGUCUUACUGUGGACGUGCACGGCACGGUGCUGGGCGUAUCACAGGCCAUGGACGUCUUCCGCGGCAUGCUGGUGGUCUUGUAUACCUCAGCGCAGGUCAUCCACACCGCCAGCGAGCACCGAUUCGGCGCAAGCCUAGUGCUGUGCAAUGCAGCCUUCCAAUGCUACCCAGGCAUCAUGCUUGCCUGUGGCUAUUCCAGCUACGAGAAGUUUCUGCGCGAGUGGCCGGAUCCUGGCACCUACAGCGCUUGGGACUUGAGCAGCACCAUCCUGCUCCCACUGGUUUCGGCUUGGAUUUGCAGCUUCGCCUUCUGCUUCCUGAAGCCGGGGGCGAACAUCGAGGAUCCUGGCGAGGCGCUGAAACAGGUUUUGCUGUUCGGGGGAAGCCGCGCAGAAGGCACUGAGAUCCUUCUCGCUUGCAGCAUCAACUUCAGCAUCGUGUUCAUUGCCUGGCGGCCAGUCAGCCGGGUCCUGCAAUCUGUGAAGGUGCGGGUUUGGCACGAUUGCCUCGCCUUGGCACUGGCGCUUUCACCCCUUGCGCUGAUGCUGUGCAUGAAGACCCUGCUCUUCAGUGAAGAGGAGGGCGCUGGCAUGGUGGUGACAUUUCUGCCUUAUCUCCUUUUCUUUCAUGCUGGUAUUCUUCUGGCUGCAUGUUGGGACAGAUUCUUGUCUCAGCUUCAACCUGUCGGCUUCCAGACGGUGACGGACUCCAUCCACUUGUUGCCCUGGGAUGUAUUCAAAAGCUGGCUGCUUUGCACCUCCAUCGCAUGGUGGACGAGCUUCGUUUUCUUCAUGCCCUUGGGUCAGGUGGCGCUGGUGCACGACCUGGCGGCCCUUCGGAGGCCUGGCGUUCAAGGCUUUUUGUCGCCGCUUUGGGUCAUGGCCCUGCUAUGGCCUUUGGCCGUGAGCUUGGUGAUGUGCGGCCUCAUGGUGACAGCGAAGAAGUUCAACACGGUCUUGCGCCUGCUGCAAUUGGAGUUGUGGCACGUGGGGAAGAACAUGAUGUACUACAUGGUGGUUGUGAACAUCUUUCUGGCAUCCCAGCAGCGGAGCGAUGGCCACAGGAACGCCAGCCUCGGCAAGUGCUUGCUGGGAGCUACCAGCAUCCUCGCCGCCAGCAGGUUCAUCCACUUCAUGGCAGGUCUCUCCAGACAGGCUGUUCAGAUCUGA